AUGAAGCUGUCAGGACAGGAGGAGCUGGAAGCCUCCCAUGCUUGUGAUGAUGUUCCUGUCGGGCAGCCGGACGGUGACCCUGGCUCCGACCCCAGUCCCUCAGAUCCCUUGAACACAGGCAGCAGGGACCUGGGGGUACCCAAGGACCUUCCACUCUUCAUCCAGCUGAACGAGCUGCUGGGCUGGCCCCAGACACUGGAGUGGAGAGAGACUGGCAGGUGGGUGCUGUUUGAGGAGAAGCUAGAGGGGGGUGCCAGCCGUUGGAGUGCCCCCCAUGUGCCCACACUAGCACUGCCAAGCCUCUGGAAACUUCGAAGCCUGCUGGCCGAGGGCCUUGUCCUGCUGGACUGUCCAGCUCAGAACCUCCUGGAGCUUGUGGAGCAAGUGACCAGGGUGGAGUCGCUGAGCCCAGAGCUGAGGGGGCAGCUGCAGGCUUUGCUCCUGCAAAAGCCCCAGCAUCAUGUCCAGACCCCAGGUUCCGGGCCAUGCUGGGGCUCUUCCCGGCCGAGCAAGGCUCCUCCGGACAAGGAAGCCCCCCUGAAAGAACAGCGUCAGAACCCGCUGAGACGGAAGCUGCCUCCAGGCACAGAGGCAGCGGCUGUGCUGGCAGGAGAGCUGGGCUCCUUGGCACAGCCACUGGGGGCCUUUGUGCGCCUCCGCGACCCGGUGCUGCUGGGGUCCCUCAUGGAGGUGCCCCUCCCAAGCAGGUUUUUUUGCCUCCUGCUGGGUCCCCCCACGCUGGGAAAGGUCUAUGGUGAGAUGGGUCGGGCUGCAGCUGUCCUCCUCAGCAACCAGCAAUUCCAAUGGUCGGUUCGUCGGGCCAGCAACCUUCAUGACCUUCUCGCAGCCCUGGAUGCCUUCCUGGAGGAGGUGACUGUGCUGCCCCCAGGCCGGUGGGACCCGACAGCGCGGAUUCUGCCACCCAAGUGUCUGCCCCCUCAGCACAAAAGGCCUUCUUCGCACCUGCGGAAAGUCAAGGGCUGCUCUGUCCUGCGCGGGACAGGCACAAAGGAUAGGCACCAACACGGGCCGCUGGCGCCCAGCCCGGAGUUGCAGAGAACUGGCAGGCUGUUUGGGGGCCUUGUCCAGGACGUGCGCCGGAAAGCCUCGUGGUACCCCAGCGAUUUCUCGGAUGCCCUGAACCCCCAGUGCAUCUCGGCUGUGCUUUACAUUUAUCUGGCCACUCUCACUAACGCCAUCACCUUCGGAGGUCUCCUGGGAGAUGCCACCGAAGGUGCUCAGGGUGUGCUGGAGAGCUUCCUGGGCACAGCGGUGGCUGGGGCAGCCUUCUGCCUCCUAGCAGGCCAGCCUCUGACCAUCCUCAGCAGCACUGGCCCAGUGCUGGUCUUUGAGCGCCUGCUUUUCUCCUUCAGCAGAGAUUAUGGCCUGGACUACCUGCCCUUCCGUCUAUGGGUGGGCAUCUGGGUGGCCACCUUCUGCCUCGUGCUGGUAGCCACAGAGGCCAGCGUGCUGGUGCGUUACUUCACCCGCUUCACCGAGGAAGGCUUCUGUGCCCUCAUCAGCCUCAUCUUCAUCUACGAUGCUGUGGGCAAAAUGCUGAACUUGGCCCAGACCUAUCCCAUCCAAAGGCCUGGGUCUGCUGCCUAUGGCUGCCUCUGUCAGUACCCAGGCCCGGGCCCAGGAGGAAAUGAGUCGCAAUGGACAAAAUCAAGGCCAGAAGAUAGAGAUGACAUCCUGAGCCUGGACCUAGGCAUGGUCAACGUGUCCCUGCUGCCCCCACACAAGUGUGUCCAGCAGGGAGGUCACCCUCGGGGCCCCGGCUGCCAUACAGUCCCAGACAUCACCUUUUUUUCCCUUCUGCUCUUCCUCACCUCCUUCCUCUGUGCCACUGCCCUCAAACAUGUAAAGAACAGCCGCUUCUUCCCCUCUGUGGUACGCAAGGUGCUCAGCGACUUCUCCUCAAUCCUGGCCAUCCUGCUGGGCUGUGGUCUUGAUGCCUUCCUGGGCCUAGCUACACCAAAGCUCACAGUGCCUGAAGAAUUCAAGCCCACACUCCCUGGUCGUGAUUGGCUGGUGUCCCCUUUUGGAGCCAACCCCUGGUGGCUGAGUGUGGCAGCUGCCUUGCCGGCUCUGUUGCUGUCCAUCCUUAUCUUCAUGGACCAGCAGAUCACAGCAGUCAUCCUCAACCGCGGGGAAUACAGACUGCAGAAGGGAGCUGGCUUCCACUUAGACCUCUUCUGUGUGGCUGUGCUGGUGCUGCUCACCUCGGUGCUCGGCCUGCCAUGGUAUGUCUCUGCCACCGUCAUCUCCCUGGCCCACAUGGACAGUCUUCGGAGGGAAAGCAGAGCCUGUGCCCCCGGGGAGCCCCCCAGCUUUCUAGGCAUAAGGGAGCAGAGGCUGACAGGCCUGGUGGUGUUCAUCCUCACAGGAGUCUCCGUCUUCCUGGCACCUGUGCUCAAGUUCAUCCCAAUGCCUGUGCUCUACGGCAUCUUCCUGUACAUGGGGGUGGCGGCACUUAGCAGCAUCCAGUUCGUGAAGCGAGUGCAGCUAAUGUUGAUGCCACCAAAGCACCAGCCGGACCUGCUGCUCUUGCGGCACGUGCCUCUGAGCAGGGUCCACCUCUUCACAGCCAUCCAGCUGUCCUGCCUGGGUCUACUCUGGAUAAUCAAGUCCACCCCAGCAGCCAUCAUCUUCCCCCUCAUGUUGCUGGGUCUGGUGGGAGUCCGAAAGGCACUGGAGUGGAUCUUCUCACCACAGGAACUCCUCUGGCUGGAUGAGCUGAUGCCAGACGGGGAGGGGAAUAAACUUGAGAAGGGGCUGGAACCGGGGCCAUCAUUCAGCGGGAGUGACAGCGAAGAUUCAGAACUAAUGUACCAGCCAAAGGUUCCAGAAAUCAACAUCUCUGUCAAUUAG